CAGCCGCUCUGUGUGAGACUUUCGCGUGGACAUCGGUGGAUACAAAGCUGUCAAAUUAAGAGUAGACAGAGUCGAUCAAGAGUCGGCGUGGGCCGACAAAAGUUGUGAUCACCUGGAAGAGAAGGAAAGGAGCAGAGAUGGCAUCCAUAAUCAAAGGACAAAUAAUUAAGCACCUCUCAAAAUUUGCCAAGGACCUGUCCCAGGACAGGAUCCGGCUGAGCACGCUAAAGGGAGAAGGGAACCUGACGGACCUGGAGCUGGAUGAGGAUGCCCUGAUGGAGGUCCUCGAGUUCCCAUCUUGGCUGGUGCUCAACAGAGCUGUGUGCAACAAAGUCUCCGUCAAGAUUCCAUGGACCAAGUUGAAGACACACCCAAUUUGCAUCUAUCUGGAUCAGGUAGAAUUGGAGAUGGCGACGUGUCGGACACUACGCGAGACCGCCGUCCCGCUGGAAGACACAACGAAGCAGUCGCAAGUACCCGUCAGUCGAUACGGCUUUGCUGAGAAGGUCGUAGACGGCAUGUACAUACACAUCAACUCGAUAACAGGCACACUCAAAUCGGACACGUUCCACAUCAACCUGCAGAUCGCCCAACUCAUCGUUCAAAGCACCACCCCAAACUGGAGGUCAGCCGAUCUGCGCUACACCCGCAUCAAGGACUCCAACCGAGAGCAGAUUCUCACCUUUAAGGAAGUGGAAUGGUCCACCGUCCGCCUGACACUGGAUGCGAUUGAAACAGACAGGGAACGUCCCACUACCCCAAUUAGGUUGAUCACUAAUCAGGGAAAGGUGCGGGUUACCAUCAAGAAGCGGGAGGCAGACUGCAGCCUGGUAACGUCCAAGCUACAGAUGCUGCUGGACGACAUCCUGUGGGUGCUGACCGACUCGCAGAUGAAGGCGGUCAUCCUCCACAUCCGUAGCCUGAUGCCGGUCAUCCAGAAGGCGGCCAACCUUAGCAAGGCGCGGGCGGCUGACAAAGGCCAGCCUACUGCUACCCCUGCUCACCCGGUGCAUGAGGACCCAGCCGGCCGAGCCGGCCACAACGUCAAGACGCAAAAGGAGCUCCAGAUGCUGCAGUACUUUGAAAAGUACGACGUGCAGGAGACCUCCUACCACCUGUUCACCCGGAGCGUCGACCUGCACCUGUGCGAUGAGAUGAACCAGCCAGAGCAAGAAACUUUCAAGCGGCGUGUUGAAAACGGCGCCAUGCAGAUCGGUCUCCACGGGUUCUCUCUGGACUACUACCCUUUCCACACAGCCAGCAGCAGCAGGGAGCACUGGGAGUUCUACGACGACGCCAUGCGCACCUCGGACAAGUGGAUCCACACGCUGCUGGCGCACCUCAAACAGCAAUACAAGUACGCUGCCGACUACAUCACCAAGCAGUCAGGGGGCAAGGGUCAGCACAAGGUUGGGGGUCAGAUUUCAAACAAAGGCAAUAAAUCACCUCCACCACGUCCAGCGACUGGACCCAACAUGAAAGUAAAAAGCCAGGGGAAGGAGCAGGUUAAAGGUCACCCGGAGACCAGGGGUCAGCCGCCAUCCAGCAGCAGAGCCCAGCAGCAGAGCCAGGUAACCAGCAAGAACCCCCUGCCGCAGGCCAGGGGAGGGCAGCCCCCGCCUGGGGGGACGGGAGGCCGGUCCAGGUCAUCGUCAUCGUCGUCAUCACGGGUCAAGCUGAUGUCGCACAGUAUGGUGGUGCGGGUGCGCGACUUCCGGUUCCAUAGCGUGGCUGUGGGGCGGAGCGUGGGUCAGCAUGCAAAGUCCAAGACCUUCCUGCUGCAGUCAGACAAGAAGACUUUCUUCCUUCCCAGCGAGAUGCCUUCCCUGCACAUCGAGUAUACCUCUUUCUACUUUCCCGACGAACUCAGUUUCCCAGGUUUGACCCCCGGGAGAAUCGUGCCUUCCCCCGUCGUCUACGUCCAACUCAACCCAGUGCAGUUUCGUCUGGACUACACGUCCAUCCUCUGGCUCAACCAGUUCUCUUUCAACAUUCUUCAAACGCUGCCUGAUGUUGAUGAAUACGGCCAGGGCGUUGUGUCGGAGGGAAGAGAUCACACUGACGUAAGAAUAGAUGCACUCAUGCCAAAGGUGAUCUUACCAGCUGAGGAACCUGUUCUUGAUCAACCAGAUCGUCCACCUGAGCUUCAUAUCCAGAUGUCGCAGGUCACUGCUACCAACUGCCGAGUAGGAACAGGAUCCACUCGACCCGAUCUCUCGCACAUCUUGCAAGCUCUGAAUACCAGGAAGCUGUUUGUGGGGAGCGAGUCCUUCCCGAGUGCUGCUGGCGACUUCAAGACGCUCCCCCGGCUGUUCUGGGAUCACGCCUACCAGGCCAACUUCAUCUUGCCCCCGGAGUGCGAGGCUGAGCUGCCCGUUGCCAAUGGCGACCUGCCCAACCGGCCUGGUGAUCAGCUGAAGCCCGACCAGCCGGUCAGGUCAGGGGUUGCCAGGCUCACGACCCAUGUGUUCCGGCCAGACGCUGUGGAUGAUGUGUGGAACGUCAAGAUCGAGCAGGUCUGGGCUGACUUCCACGGCGUCCUGAGCUCCCCUGACCGGCCCGUGCCGUUGGUCGACCCAAUCCCCCUGAGUCUGUGGCUGUGCUGGCCGAACAAAAGAGGCAGCCAAUCACGGGACAGGACUAAUCCACGUCCAACCCAUGGCAGCCAAUCAGGAGAUAGGAAACAUUCAUCCGAAUUUUUGUCACCCUGUGAUGGGACUGACUCGACAAUCAGUUCUGAUCAGUCGCUGUCAAAAACGGCCACACAUCGAGCACUUGGACGCUUGUCAGCCAAUCCCAAUCUAGACAAAGAGACGGAGCAACUCAGAGCCAGCCUGGCAAAGGACAGCCAAUCACCCCAGCUGUACUCCCAUGGUGCUCAUGUUGGAGACAAAUCCACCACAAAUGCAAGUGUUUGUGGUACAUCAGCUCAUUCAACUCUCAGCAGUAGUGCAAAGCCUGUCCCCGAGGGCGCUCCAGCAGCAAGUGGAGUCGGUCUGGCACCUUGCCCCAGCCACAAGGCCAGCACUGAAGCAACCACGGCGGAUGUGCAUGUCAUUGCCCAGACUUCCUCCAAAGUCAGUCUGGUAAUCAACCAUUAUCAGCUGCUGUUUCUCCUGCGGCUGCAGCAGUCAGUUCAGAAACUGCAGCAGUCCUUAGAAGCCGACCAGCAGAUGUUUGCUGCCAAGGACAAGCCGGUUCCCCCACCCCUGAGUCAGAUGGUGGCCUUCGAGUGUCCAGACAUCGAGGCGACCGUUGUCAUGCCCCCGAUCCCUGGGGACGAGGAGGAGGCAGAAGUGGAGGAAGGGGAACUCCCUAAUGGAAGGACUGGCGCAAGUCUCGAUACUGAUGCAGAGACAGCAAAUGGCAUUGGGGCCUCGACGGGGGAUUCAGACAGCCCACAGGGUGACAAAGUGAACCCCGUCCAGGAUUUCCACAGCGAGGGGAAAUCUGUGGCGCUGUCCGAAUCUGAUAAGGGAUCGCCGGACAGCGAUGUUCCCACUGUGGAGAUAUCCGGUUCGUCUCCCGUGAAGGAGCACCGGGGCGCGAGCUUCGGCAGCGCAGAUGGCAAAGUCGCUCUCUCCCAGCAUGACACGGCCGGGCCUGUGAACGGUGGGCCCCCAGGCGCGAUUGUCAUCUCCGAUGGCGCGCCAACGCGGACUUCUUCAUUGACGCACUCGCGUCAGCCAUCGGACGGCUCCACAGGCAGCAGCCAGUCCCAACGUCGGCGGUCCCAGGAGGUGCUGCUGACCAGCCACUCUGCCUCGGGCAGCCCGAUCUUCCGCAACGCCGACUCCAUCCAGCCCCCGAGGAGUUCCUCCCAGUCGGACCUCGCCCGGGUCCACCACGCCCAGUUUUCCUUCUCCUCCUUGCAGCAGGUGGAGUCGGGCGGCAGUCGGGCAGAGUCCCAGACCUCCCUGGACGAGUCGGUCGACCUGGACAUCAUCUCAUUGAGCAGUGACUCCAGCGAGGGCUUGGUCUUGGCCAUCAAGGGGGACGGUCAGUCAGUGAGCAGUGGACAGGGAACAGAGACAGAGAGCGAUGCAGGUCAAGAGCAGAGCAAAGCCGGAGGGGAAAUUUUUGAGGAGGCCCCAGAGGACUUCAGAGAUAACAAAUUCAAACUGAAAAAGGUAUCUGUCGUAAGCUUUCACCUCAUCGGGGUCACGGCCGCCCUGGAGAUCAACGGAUCAGACUUGGCCGUCAAAGCUCACGUGAAUAAGCUGGAACGGGAAGAGAAGGGAAACGCAGAUUUUAAGGAAUUCAUGUCCACCGUCGCAGCAGGCGAGCGCAGCAAAAAGAGUAAACUGGAGGAGGAUCCUGACUUACCAGUCAAGAUGCCAGUAGCGCUGUUGAGGUUCCAGAGUGGACCCAAGGCAGAAGUUCUCUCCCCAGGGGGUGGAGAGAGAGGCUUUCUACAACUCGAGGUUUGUGGUCUGGCGACGACCUUCCGCAUGUCCACCAUGACUCACCUUGGCAGCUUCAUGACAGACGAGAUCAUCAGCGACGCCAUGCCCAUGUCUAUCCGGGUCUCCAACUCCGUGAUUGAGCUCAUGGAUGAUACUCCGCCCAUCUAUCCUUCCCAUCCCGGCCCCCAGCCUAUGUGUCUAGGACUUUCUGGUCUCCAUGUUCGCCGCACAGGAGACGGUAUCUUCCGCAUAGAAGGUACCAGCGAGGUACCCCAAGCCCCCUCCGUCCCUGUCCCCCAGGAGGACAAGACCCCCACGGCCUCCCCGGCCCAGUUGGAAGACGAGAAUGCCCGCCUGGUGGGCCAGGUGCUCCAGAUGAAGGCGGCCCUGGACGUCCUGGAGAUCGAGCGGUCCUCCCUGCUGGCCACCCUGGAGCACCUCCAGGAGGAACUGUUGACGGUGGACCGGGAACGCGACGUGCUGCGUAACUCGGUGGUGGAGCUGUCUCGGCUGCUUAACCUCCAGAGAUGAGCGCGGCUGACUCGGAGUCCAAUUUCACAGAGCUGCUCAGCACGGGAAACUGUCGCUUAGGGAAAAGAGGUUACCAACCAUAUAGCCAUACAAAGUAUUAAAUUGAGCCGGUUGCUGGCUCAGUUUUGCUAAGCACAAAAAUCUGCUAGGCAAUUUUCUUCCCCACAUAGGACAAAUGUGAGUGACAACCGUAGUUAACUAUAGUUCGAUCAACGUUGGCUGAAUGAUGGCUGGUUGGGAUUGGCUAGAUGACCAUUUAGAAGCUGGCCCUGGGGCAUGGUAGCAUCACCAGUUAACUGGUUAUCAACAGCCAAUUCAGCAUAUCAGUACAGAGGGAACCACUGAUCCAUGAAAAUAAUUGUCUGAGGCUACUCCGGCUAAUCCGUGGAAUUUAUUUCCCGAUUGUGAACCUGGUGCUCAAAACUACGUAGACGGGUGAUGCCAUGAGGUUGGGGCACAAUUUGUGACGGUGUCCUUGUUACAUGAGUAACUUUUACCACCUGUCAUGACCUGUA